AUGGCCACGGAAGGACGCACGAAACGCUCGCAAUCAAUAUGCGCGCCGGCUUCCGCGAGUAUGGAAGCGCUGGCGGCGCCGAUGGAGACGACUCCCGCGCCGCGUCGCCGGCCCGCCACGCGCUCACAGUCAGCCCGCAUCACCGGUGGACGUUCAGUGAGGUACAAGAGGCAGCAACAGCAGCAGCAGUUGGAUAAGGAGACCAGGGCUCGGUACAGCUCUGAGCCUCGGUUGGCUGAGGCUGAGACUCCGCCGCAAGUGAGGCGGCAGGCGUCCGCCCGGCGCAGGCCACCGGCGGGGUCUUCUGGUCAGCCGCGGCGCUCCAACGCCUUCCUAGAUGUCCCACGACCAGCCCUUCAGGCUGAGGAGGAACCAGACGAGGAUUCGUACCGAAUGCGCACGUUCAACAUCACGCAGAAAGGAGGCAUAGUAAACCGAGGCGACUCCUUCCGCCGGCGCCGGUCGCGGUCGGGUUCCCUCGCCCCAUCAUCACCAGCACAGGCCCCCGAGCCUCUAGAGAGAAAGCCGGUGGCUUGCCACCGAGUCGCCAUGGUCGGAGCACCAGGUGUCGGCAAAACUGCUCUCGUCAGCCAGUUUAAAACCAGUGAAUGCAUCAUGUUUAGGCAAAGAGAUGUGGACUGCACAGAUCAGGUGGUGCCCAUAAUGCUAGAAGACGAAGAAUCUGAAUUAUACUUCGUCAACUGCACUAGUUCAAAGGCUUUGAAUGCAGGAAACGAAGACACAGAAAAUUUUGAUGACAUUGCAAGUGUGGAUGGCAAAUGUCUGGCCUGCACGUACAAAGCCAAGUUCAUCGAAAUCUCAGUUGGCAUCAACCACAAUGUCAACGAGCUGCUCGUCGGGAUCCUCAAACAGAUCCGACUAAAGAGACAGCAGUACUCCGCAGAAGGAGGAAGGGAAUCAUCACCAGCCCAUUGGUACAAGUCUCGUGGUGUAGUGCGAGCGAGUAUGAAGGCGAGGCAAAUGUUCUCCUGGAUUUUCGGUAAAGAAGAUUCGAAGUUCAAAAACUGUGAGAACUUACUGGUGCUGUGA